GGAGUCAGGGAAACUUUAAAAUUAAAGCGACAGACAUAAAUUGUUAGCUUUUAGAGAACAUGGCAAAACAAGAGAUAUCAAGCGGAUGAUAAGGUAUAAAUAGAUUUAAACGCUUCGUCGAAAUGAGCAACAUUAUUUAAUUUGCAGUCGCAGUCAUAAUUAUUAUUGAGAUGUGCUUAUGAAUAUUUCUUGGUGAUAUAUUGAAAUAUGAAGUGAAAUAAGUAGAUCUAAUUAUCGGUAGUAUAAGCCAUCGCAAUGUAUUUCCUUAGUUCCGUAGUUUUCAUACUAAUAAACAUUCUAUCUAAUGGACAGUGCUACGAGUGUGAUUUUUUCGAAAACAUAAAAUUGAAUGUAAUUCCGAAAACGGGAGUGCCCUAUUUGAAAUGGUUCACGAAAAAAUACUCUUACGGAUGUUUCGAGCAGAAGCAGUUCGAUCAGGUUGUCGUUGAAAUUUCUGUCGUGGAUCAAGAGAUUAGCAGAAUUGGUUAUCACGCAGUUCGCGAUUUACCCGAGUUGAAUUCAUUAUCGUUCUCUGGCUGCGGUAUAAGGGAUAUAUCUACUAGUGCUUUCGAGAAUCUGCCAAAACUUCGAGUCAUCCACAUCGAACACGGCAAUUUGACAAGACUUUCAUGUGGUAUCUUCAACGAUUUGCCAAGUUUAGUAGAUUUAAGUCUGUUCCAAAACCAAAUAUCCGAAAUAAAACCUUCAACAUUUGCCGCCAUGACUGCACUAAAAAAGGUUAUACUUUCAAGGAAUCAACUGACUGCUAUAGACUCCUUGUGGUUUUCUUGCAGCCCUAAUUUAACCUUACUAGACGUCAGUUACAACAAAAUACAAGAAAUCAACAAAUAUACGUUUCAAUUCACCCCAAACUUAAAAGAUAUAUUCUUAGAUUGCAACGAAAUAAAACAUAUAGGAGAGAAAACUUUCAUUCACUUCGAUAAUAUAGAAAUUAUUAGUCUGAGGCACAAUAAAUUAACCGAACUGAAUUCCAAUAUUUUUCCGAAUAAGUUUCGUGUGGAUGUGCUCUACUUGAACGCUAAUUUCUUGAACUUUAUACCACAAACUCUACUGGAAAAACUGUCAAUAAAAGAUACAGAAUUGGCUGGGAAUCCAUGGAAAUGCCCAUGUUUAAAUCUGAUACAUAAAUGGUUGGUUCAGUCGAACGCCACUUUGGAAAAUCAUUUUUGUAAGGGAGAUCACUUCCCAGUAUGUUUCUAUGACGAUGGAGGGAAUAUUUGCUCAGAAACCGUUGAUGAUAAAAUGACGAAAUCAUUCUUGAAAUCACUGAGAGAUUUGGAACGCCCUGUUGACGAGAGAUGUGCAAAUCUGUCCUGACGACUGCCUUGAAUGAGCUGUUCACAGCAUAUCUGGAUAUAAGACAUUUAAUGGCAUCCUGUGUAUUCCACGCUUUCAUCAAUAAUAAUAAUUGUACUCACCGGGCAGUAUUGAGAUGGUUUUGAGCGCUCUGAGUACCCUGAAGGUCCUCAAUCCAGCCAGAUUCCCC